ACCAUCUGCUCCCACCACCUGUUUCGCCCCCAUUUCAGUGCGCUCUUUCUGACCAACUCCUCUCGUUCCUAUCCACAGCAAAGCAAUCUCCCUCUUCUUCUGCACCCGCUUUCCUCUUCUCGGUUCGCUCAGGCACAGAGCACGAAAUAAUCUCGUUUGGGAGGGAAUUAGUCUGCGGGUUCCGUGGAGCUGCUUUCGAUUUGUGAAGAUUUGAUUUGGCGGGGGGUAAUUUAUACGGAGAGAGGAAGAGGAAGAGGAAGAGGAAGAUGGAGUCGUCGUCCAUGGUGGAAAGAGCGCUCAAGUCCGGUUUCCGCAGCAAGGCGGAGGGCCAGCACGUCGUGGCGGUUGAGGACGGCUUGCUGGGUGUCGGUGCAGUGUCCUUGGUCGCCUGCAACGACGAUUUCGUCGUCGACGACUUGUUCGACUUCUCUUACGAUGACGGAGAGGUUGAAGAAGAAGAAGAAGAAGAAGAAGUAGAAGAGGAGGAAGAAGAGGAAGAAAAUGACGACGACGAAGGGCAAGAAGCGAAGGAGUCUCUCUGCGUUUCUUCGCAAGAGGGCGAUGACGACUGCUCCAAUCUCAGUUCCUCUUCUUCGGCCUCCGGCGAGCCUAUUUUGGCCAGUGAAUUAACCGUUCCGGAUGUUGACAUAGCAGAGCUUGAAUGGUUGUCUCAAUUUGUGGACGAUGAUUCCCUGCCGGAAUUCUCGACUUGUCACCUUACCGGAAAAUGGAAACAAGAAAGCAGUGCCAAGAACCGGCCUGAACAGGAACCUAGACCGGUUUUCAUAAGACCGCCCUGUUUUCCUUCACCGGUUCCGGUCAAGAUUCGUACCAAACGGACCCGGGCCUUGAGGAAGGACCGACCACCGUCGUCGUCCGAGUCAUCUUCCACAUCUUCGUGCUCUUCGGAGAACACGUCGAGCUCGUGCCUUUCUUUCACGAGCGUGCUUACCCGAGUGCGAUUUGUGCCCGGCCAAAGCGAACCGGAGAAGAAGAAGAAGAUGAAGACAACGAGGGGAUCGCCGGUUCAGUUCCAGAGGCGUUGCAGCCAUUGCCAGGUGCAGAGGACGCCGCAGUGGCGAGCUGGCCCGUUGGGCCCGAAGACGCUCUGCAACGCGUGCGGGGUCCGGUACAAAUCGGGCCGGCUCUUCCCCGAGUAUAGGCCGGCUUGUAGCCCGACGUUCUCAGUCGAAGCUCACUCGAACAGCCACCGGAAAGUGUUGGACAUGAGGAAGAAGAAGGAGAUGGCCGGAAAUGGAAUUGGAGGAGGCGGGUUGAAGUUGAACCGGAUUGUCACCAGUUUUUGAAGGGUCUAUUAGGUUAGGAGGAGAGGCCAUUCGAACCGGGUUCCUUAACCCGGUUUAGUGUUUUCCUUUUUUCCCUUCAGGUUCUAUACAUUUUUUUUUCU